CGGACGGCGCCAUGGCGUGCGCGGGGCUGCUUACCGUGUGCCUGGUCCGGCAGCCCGCGCCCCAGCCCCCGCGGUCUCCCACGCCAGCCACCGGUUCCGCGGGACACGCGCUCUUCCAGGAUGUUUUCCGCAGAGCAGACAAGAAUGAUGAUGGGAAGCUCUCAUUUGAGGAAUUCCGGAAUUACUUUGCUGACGGGGUUCUCAGCCCUGGGGAGCUUCGGGAGCUGUUCAGCGGCAUUGAUGGGCAGUCCACUGACAAUUUGGAAACGGAGAAACUGUGCGACUACUUCUCAGAACGCCUGGGUGUCUACAGGCCUGUGCUGGCUGCGCUGGAGUCCCUGAACCGUGCAGUGCUCACUGCCAUGGACACCACCAAGUUGGAGUAUGAGCGGGCCUCCAAGGUGGACCAGUUUGUGACACGCUUCCUACUGCGGGAGACGGUGAGCCAGCUUCAAGCCCUGCAGAGCUCGCUGGAGGGCGCGUCAGAUACCCUGGAGGCCCAGGCCCAGGCCCGUGGGCCAUGGUCAGAUGAAGAGAGAGUGGAGGUGCAGAGCAGGCCCCGUGGCAGCCGGCGGGCAGGGCGCAGGGCCUUGUGGAGCGUCAGCCGGUCACCCGUCCGGUCUCCUGGCUCCUCAGACGCAGGGCAGAGUUCAGAGGCUGAGAGGCAGUGGCGGCUCCAGGUUAACCGUCUCCAGGAGCUCAUCGACCAGCUGGAGUGCAAGGCCCCCCUCCUGGAACCCCUACAUGAAGAGGAGCUUAACAAGGGACCCAACUCGCAUAUCCUCGUGUCCCAGAGGCAGGUUCAAGUGGCAGAAGGAGCCCUGCAGGACUUCUACCGUGCCCUGCGCUGCUACGUGGACUUCACAGGGGCCCAGAGCCAUUGCCUGCAUGUGUCUGCUCAGAAGAUGCUAGACAAUGCCUCCUUCACCCUGUACGAGUUCUGGCGGGAUGAGGCCUCCUGGAGAAGGCACCAGCAGUCGUCCUGCAGUAAGGCCUUCCAGCGCAUCCUCAUCGACCACCUGCGGGCUCCGGAAACCCUCACCACUGUGUUCUUCCCAGCCUCCUGGUGGAUUAUGAAUAAUAACUGAUCCUGACCUGCAUUAGUCAAGGACCCUGUGGCUCUGCCUGCCUCCUGGAGCUUCUGGACGGUCAGUUCAGCACCAAAACCAAGGAUACUGCUGACCCUAGACCUGGGGUCUGGCUCUCAGAGGCCUCCAAGACCCACUGGUGGAGAGUCCUCAGUCCAGG